CCACCUGUCUGGGCAAUGGGAUGGGAUGGCAGAAAACAACCGCGGGCGCAGGCGCGGCGCUGCAAAUCAAGGCAGGCAGUCAGGCAGGGAUGGGACGAAACGAGGCGAGGAGAGCAGCGAGAGGAGCGGAGAGAUUGUGUACGAGCGGCUUCAAAUAACAGGAAGCGGAUUUCAUCGAUGGCGCUGGAGUUCGGCAUGGGCCCGAGCUUGACAUGGCACGGGAGAGGCGACGUGACUUGCUGUGCGGCGGCCGGCCGAGGAGCUCCAGGCGGACAGACGAGCAGCAUGACCUCCGCUGAGCCCGAGAGCAAAGACUUUGGGAUCCUGAGUCCCACGAACUUCAUCCAACUGCAGCAGUACAUCGACUACUCCAGUCAGAAGGUGAAGGACGUCCUGAAGGAUUUCGACGAGAGCGGCACCUUAUCCACCUACCGGAGAGGAGAGUGGAUUGAUGAAGAUGGCUUCAAGGCCUUCAUGAAGACCUACUUGGACGUCCGGGAUGUCCCAGGUGGCCUCUGCCAUCAGCUCUUCAUGUCUUUUCAGACCUCCUCAGAGACGGACAGCGCUUCUGAUGGUCCCAGACGGGUGUGCCUGAAGGACGUGUCCUGCUACCUGUCCCUGCUGGAGGGUGGCCGGCCCCGGGACAAGCUGGAGUUCACCUUCAAGCUGUAUGACAAAGAUGGCAACGGCCUCCUGGACAGCUCCGAAGUGGAGCGGAUCAUCGCGCAGAUGAUGCACGUUGCCGACUACCUCGGCUGGGACGUCACGGAGCUCAAACCGAUCCUCAAAGACAUGAUGAAGGAGAUUGACUAUGAUGGCAACGGCACGGUGUCCCUGGACGAGUGGAUUCGUGGAGGAAUGACCAGCAUCCCUCUGCUGGUGCUGCUUGGCUUAGAGGGGGCCGUCAAAGACGACGGGCAGCAUUUAUGGCGUAUGAAGCACUUUAACCGACCGGCGUACUGCAACGUGUGCCAGAGUCUGCUGGUGGGCCUGAGGAAGCAGGGUCUCUGCUGUAUCUGCUGCAAGUUCACCAUCCAUGAGCGCUGUGCCUCCAAAGCUGUGGCACAGUGCAUUGCCACCUAUGCCAAAUCCAAGAAGGACACCAAUAUUCAGAACCACGUCUGGCUGGAUGGGUACUGUGAGGCCAGUAAGUGCGGGCACUGCCAAAAGAAGAUCAAGAGCUACCAGGGGCUGACGGGCAAGCGCUGUGUCUGGUGCCACAUCAAGCUCCACGAUGACUGUGUUUCUCAGGUGCCUGUGGAGUGCAAGUUAGGAGUCUUCAGGGAUCAUAUUUUGCCACCCUGUGCCAUCUACCCAAUCAUCCUAGAGAGGAGGAACAGCAGCUCGCAGCCAGAUGAGACAUUGCAGGUUUUCACCACGGCGGACGGGCAGAUCCUGCGGAUCACACCAGUGGCCAACACACACCCCCUGCUAGUGUUUGUGAAUCCCAAGAGUGGCGGCAAACAAGGGAAGAGGGUGCUUCGGAAGUUCCAGUACCUCCUGAACCCCAGACAAGUGUACAACCUCUCGGAGGGAGGCCCAGGACCCGGGUUGAGUUUCUUCCGAGAGCUGCAGGAGUUUCGAGUUCUGGUGUGUGGGGGGGACGGGACCGUCGGCUGGAUCCUAGAUGCCAUUGACAAAGCCAACCUGCCAGUGAGACCUCCGGUUGCGGUGCUGCCACUCGGAACGGGGAACGACUUGGCCCGCUGCUUGCGGUGGGGUGGAGGCUAUGAUGGCGAGGGCCUGGACCGCAUCCUCACAGACAUCGAGAAAGGCUGCACGGUGCUGAUGGACCGCUGGAGUGUGCAAGUCCUGCCCGACAAUCCCGAGGAGGAGGGAGACCCUGUCCCAUACGAGAUCAUCAAUAACUACUUCUCCAUCGGUGUGGAUGCCUCCAUUGCCCACCGUUUUCACCAGAUGCGUGAGAAGUUUCCCGAAAAGUUCAACAGCAGGGUGAAGAACAAGCUGUGGUAUUUUGAGUUUGCCACAUCAGAGACCAUCUCUGCCUCCUGCAAGAAGCUGAAGGAGUGCAUUACCAUUGAGUGCCAUGGGAAAACCCUCGAUCUGACCAGCCUCUCCCUCGAGGGCAUCGCCGUGCUCAACAUUCCCAGCAUGCACGGCGGCUCCAACCUAUGGGGCGAAUCGAAAAAGUUGGAGCACAGAGGCUCACAGCAGGAGCUGCCUGAAGUCAUCAUUGACGCUGACGUUCUCCGAAAAAGUGGUCAAGAUAUGAGUGACAAGCGGCUGGAGGUGGUCGGGCUGGAAGGGGCCAUAGAGAUGGGCCAGAUCUACACGGGCCUGAAGAGCAAAGGCAGGCGGCUGGCCAAGAGCUCCGAGAUCAUCAUCAGGACCAAGAAGCCCCUGCCCAUGCAGAUUGACGGGGAGCCGUGGAUGCAGCCGCCAUGUACGAUCCACAUCACUCACAAGAACCAGGCCUGCAUGCUGAUGGCCCCUCCGCCUCGCUCAUCAAGUUUUUUCAACCUGAAGUAGUCACAGUAUGGGGCCCCCCCCCCCCCACUCCCCCCUAAAACCCCCCAACUCUUCUGGAAAUCAGAGGCCAGUACACCAUUUGGUACUCUGGAGGAAUACAGGGGUCCCGUCUGGCUCGGACGGAGCUUGCAUGUCCAGCAUGGAGUGAGACGUACUAUGAGGAGAGCCUGGGAAGUGGGUGGCAUGGGACACUGUGACAUGCCAGGCUGUGCCUUUUUGGCUGCCAUUCUUGUACAUAAUAAUAUUUAAAGAACGGGAAUAAUAUUUUUUUAGCUUGUGGUGAAUGAAUACAAAAAGAGGGCGAUGUGCGUCUAUUGAUUUGCUUGCUUGUUGUGUAUGAUCCUUCUGGGCCUUUGUGCCCAUAUAGUGUCCCUCUCUGGAAUCGGUGGCUCCUGUGAUUAUUCAACAAGAGGCAAGCAAUGUUUAUUUUAUGUAGCGUCUUUCAAUGCUUCACCUGGAUCUAAAAGCCAGGCAUCCGAGGAGUAAGUCGCUAGUGGGCAUCACAGAGAGGAAAGGGCCAUCUGAUGAUAAGUUGCCAUGGCAACAACCGGACACCACAGGUCUCAGCAGCCUGCCACUAAACUACAUGAAGAAGAGAGCAAUGCCCAGCUUACCCGCUGCAUCUAGCACAGGGCACACACUACAGCCCACAUGUAUCAACCAAAGAAGCUCAGCAGUUAGCUCUGAUCCUGCCAACUACUCCAAUUGUACCCAGCAUGUGAAUGAUGAGUUCUUUUUGAAGAGAAGCCACAAUUAUGACCAAAACGCAUAUCAAUCUCCAGUAAGCGUGAUACGGUACAAAGGAUAGGAGGGAUUUACCCUUUUUUAAAAUGUGGUUUUCAACCUCCAAUAAUAGUAUACGGUAUAAAUAUAAAUGUUUGGUUGUCUGGUAAGCAAAUCCACACUGUUAACCCUCUCUCUGCCAAAUCUUGCACAGAUUCCCCUUUGCACAGGUGAAGACCAUACAUUCUGAACAAAGGUCCCCUGUGACCGCAGCAGGGUUUUAUUAGGGAAAUGUUGAGUGUCUGCCCGUUUUCGUUAUAUGGAAUUUUCUUUACCUCCCCACCCCGGGAGGAUGUUUCUAAUAUUUACAAUUCAUUUUGAUUAUUAGUUUUGAGGGCAGCACGGUGGCGCAGUGGGUAGCACUGCUGCCUCGCAGUUAGGAGACCCGGGUUCGCUUCCCUGGUCCUCCCUAUGUGGAGUUUGCAUGUUCUCCCCGUGUCUGCGUGGGUUUCCUCCCACAGUCCAAAGACAUGCAGGUGAGGUGCAUUGGCGAUCCUAACUUGUCCCUAAUGUGUGUGAUUGGUGCGUGUGUGUGCCCUGCCCGGGAUUUGUUCCUGCCUUGCACCCUGUGCUGGCUGGGAUUGGCUCCAGCAGACCCCCGUGACCCCUGUAGUUAGGAUAUAGCCGGUUGGAUAAUGGAUGGAUGGAUAUUAGUUUUGAGACUUGGAUUCAUUUCGACUCUUGUCAAUUUACUUUACCGCUGUUCUGCGACGCCAUUUUGGAAGUAUCACGUGACCACAGUCGCCCACUUCGGUGACAUCACUGGCCUCCCGGCAGCAGUCGAAUGACUCAGGAUCCAGCAGUUUAUAAAAGCUUUCCUUACGUCAUCGGUUAGAAGGCCUAGCGUCGGGUUCCUUCUUCUGCUUUUGAUGUUCACGUUUGCUUUGCCUCUUGAACGGCUUGGUUUGAUUUUUCUUGAUUUCGACCUUAGCUCAGCCCUCUGUUUUUGUAAUCCUCUCCUGGUUAUUUUCUCCCACCUCUCAGUAAUUAUGGGGUACGUACCUUAACAUACUGAGAGAGAUCCAGAAUCAUUUCAUCUUUGCCAUAUUAAUAAUCGGAAAGGCAGCGACGUCCCCAAAUGUGAUCAUGUGAUACUCACCAGAAUGCAUAAAAAGGAGCGGCAUUCAAAAUGGCGUCACAAAACGAUGGUAACAGAAGUCCAUCCAAAGCUGUAGCCCACUUCUGAGCUGCUUGUUUGAUGCUGGUAAUGGAGGGAUACACAGAGGCUUCAGUACGGCUGCAAUUCUAGAAGAAGACCCUUACUGUAACCCCAGCUGGAUACUCGCACCACACUUAUAACAAAAAUAGUAAGAACGGCCAGGAAGAGGCAGCUUGGAGACUGGCGGUGUGGACGGAAGUGGGUGGCAUCAGAGGAUGACGGUGCCCUCACGGGGCCUCCUAGUGGAGCAAAUGACCUGGAUGCAUGGCCUGAAACACACUAAAAACAGCCAAUGGUGCACAUCACUGGGAUGGUGGAGAAGAACCCCCAGGUACCCGAGGAACAGCCCAUUCCGACGCAGCGAGGACAUGCAAACUCCACACAAGCUGGUCCCGCUCAUCUCCCAGAAUUGCUGCUCCCCUUCUCUCAGCUCUCGAUUCCCACAAACCCGUCAUCUCCAAGGCCAGGUCCCCAUGUUAGAAGAAGCUUGGAGCAGAGCUGAUCAAGAUGCAUGUCAACUGUCAGGACCGCAGGGAUGUCUGCAGCCCUGUGCUCAUCCAGUCCGUCCCCUGUCGAGACAAGCAAAAGAGCAGCGGAUGAAGAGGGGCAUUGUGGGAGACAGCGGCUGGGGGUCAAGGCAGCCAAUCCAACCUCUAGCACAAGCCAGGUCUCCUUGUGUUCUUCAGGGGAGUGCAAGUGACCACCUAAUGGGAUGACAAAAAAAAAACCCAAAAACAAAAAAGGUAGCAGGCUCGUGUGCCCAUCAUGGGUCUCUAAAUGGAUACACGGAGUUUGGGCCGUCUUGUAUUUCUUCAGGCAGGGUCACCUGCCCCCUUCAUGUCCUUUCAUGAUGUCUAAGCGGGCUGAUGAGAAAAGAUUAGAAAGCUGCAGCUCCAGCUGAAUUGAGAUGGCACCCUGUCCAGCAUGCGGUCAUAGGGUCAAGCCCUACAACCAAGACAUUACCUGAACUGUCCGUCGAGGGCAUCUACAGAUGGCACUCAUGACAGGAGAUGAAAUUACACACAAAACGCUUUAAAGACUUGGGGUGUGCCAAUCCAUUAGUGAGUCUGUGUGAAGAUCAGGCUCCCUCAGUACAAUGCGAUUAUUAUUACUGGCAUGUCUCCUCAAACUAGUCAGCCCUAAAACAAUACCAACAAAAAAACAAAACAAAAA